UGUGUGUUAGUGACCACGCACCCCCACCCACCCCCCCCACCUGAUCCUUCCUGUUGUGUCGCCACUCCACCCUGAAGCCCCCCUCUCACCCCAUGCUUGGGACAAAGCCAGCUCACUGCCAGCCCAAUGACUGCCUGGAUCGUCCUGCCUGUCAGCCUGUCUGCCUUCUCCAUCACAGGAAUAUGGAUAGUGUAUGCCAUGGCUGUGAUGAAUCACCAUGUUUGUCCUGUGGAGAACUGGUCUUACAAUGUAACAUGCACAGAGGAGCUACCGCGACCAGGCUUUCCCAAGACGUGCUGCACCAUCCAGGACAUCCCCCUGAUCAGUAAAUGUGGCUCCUUCCCUCCUGAAAGUUGCCUGUUCAGCUUGAUUGGCAACGUUGGAGCCUUCAUGGUGGUGAUGGUGUGCCUUCUGCGCUACGCCCAGGUGAUUGAACACAGCCACCGAUGUUGGGUCAACACCAGCGCUCUGGUGUCCGGCUGCACCAAUGCUUUGGGCUUGGUCAUGGUGGGCAACUUCCAGGUUGAUCAUGCCAAAUCUCUACACUACGUGGGUGCCGGAGUGGCAUUUCCAGCAGGGCUGCUGUUUGUGUGCCUGCAGUGUGUGCUCACCUACCGGGUGGCCGUGACUGCCCUUGACUACUGGAUGGCCCAUUUUAGAGUGGCUCUGGCACUAGGAGCCAUGGUCUCCCUCGUCCUCAGUGGCAUCUUUUUCAUCCACGAGAGCUUCAUCCUGCAGCACGCUGCAGCCAUCUGCGAGUGGGUCUUCACAGUGGACAUCCUGGUUUUCUACGGCACCUUCACCUACGAGUUUGGCACUGUCACCAGCGAGACAAUGAUGACGGGCCUGCAGCAGUGUCACCACCACGGCUCAGGGGUUAUCAUGGGAGCGAGGGCCCGGGGCUCAAUACUAGGUGGGACAACUAAGGGCCUCAAGUCCCCUGGGGGGAGCAGCACAUCCACACAUCUCAACUGUACCCCGGAGAGCAUAGCCAUGUUGUAGCUCUGCAGCGCUGCCCAUUGCAGAGGUGCUUCAUGGGCUCCCACAGGUAGGCAAGAUGACAGUGGCAGCAUGUGAAGGAAGAGAGGAUGUUCUGAUAUCUUUAACCAACUAUAUUUCUUUAUUUUCCCCCCAAUGUUGGUGCAAGCUACUACAGUAAAAUGUCCUGUAGCGAUGUUGAGAGGAGGCUGAAUGUGUGAAGCCAGUCUGAGUACCAGAACCAUGAAUGUUUUCCAAGAUGGCUGUUGAUUUGGGAAAUUCUUCACAGGAGUCUGUUUCCUGAACUACACUUUUUGUUUUUCUUUACUUUUUAUAACUGUGCAUCACUGGUAUGCCCAUAAGAUUUCCCCCCUGCACCGACACUCCUUCAUAAACUACCCAAUGCUUUGAGUGGCCCACCUCUUUUGGCCUUUUGCUUAUCUCUGCACGGCUACACAUUUUGAAUGAGAGAAUAACAAUUUGUUUGAGUAUUUGCGUAGUAAGUAGAAACCUAUUGAAUGUUUGAGAAGUGAAUAGUUAAGGUAUGUAUGUAUGUUUUUUUUUUGUUUUUUUUUCUUUACUGGCUGUAAGCAUAUGGCCUUUUUAAGUCAAUCACAAUUAUCUGUCAAAUGAUCUGCAAAAAUCAUUCAACUCAGAUUUAAUUUGGUUUCACAGAUGAUUUUUGAAUGCAAAUUUGAUUAUUUUACAAACUGUAGCUUGAGCCACUAUCAUUCGUAAGAUCAUAUAUCAUAUGUCACUGACAUGCAAGAGCAGAAUGUCUACAUAAAACAGCUCUGCUCUGUUGUAAUCACUUUUAUCUGAGAAUCUCUGAAGUCGUCUCCCCUGAUGUCAUUCCGUUAUUGCCCCACAUGUUGCAUGAUCUGAGGAUUUCUUGGUAACAUUUGCAUUUCAUGCUACCUUUUUUACUUGACUGUCAUGUCCGGUGCAAUAAUUGCCAUCAAUCUUCUGAUAAUUUCUGCUCCACUGAAGUGUAUGAUGCCUUUUUCAGUGUGUUGGGGUUGAACACAGGGCGUUUUUGUUUUUUAAAAAGUGACACCAAGACAUUUGAAGUGACCUACAUUUUAUAUAGUAAUGGAUGUGUAAAGGUGAAACUAUAAUCUGACUAACCCAUUUCCAGAAUAAUGUAGUUGUAGUUCUUGCCCCCCACACUAGUCUCUCAUUGCCAGACCUAUCUCCACAGUGGUCUGGCUACACUGCUGAUCUCUUCUGGGAUAGGGCUGGAUCCGGUGCGUGAGCGACACACCGGAUGUCAGGCUUUAUCCAAGCAACGUACAUCUGUGUAGCCAGACUACCCACACACUGAUGAUUCCAGGCUGGACCCUUGGAAGCCUUUGAGUUUUGCAAACGUGUUUUCUGUUAAAUAUGAAGCUAUGUCAAGCCUUCUCAGUAUUGUUAGGAGUCGUUUGGAGUUAACUGAGAGGUGAAUAUGUUUGUAGACCAUAUGCAAAAAAAAAAAGUAAUGGUGUCAAUAGUGUUACAGACAAAACCAUACAGGCUGUAGACUGAAGGGACUGAAUGGCAUAUAUUAAGGUUGUGUAUGAUUCCCUGUUGCCAAUUUCUCUUUAUAUUUACCGUUGUGAAUUAGCUUCACACCAGACUGCCACAAACUACCAAUGCUCAAACUAAAGCUGACUAAUGCCACACAAUUUAGGUUACACUCAAAGUAAGUUUUUGUUGACAUGAGUGAGCCAUUGGAAAAGGAUGUUUCAUAACACAGUAUUCUGCCCUCUGCGUAGUGUUGAUACAUUUUUUUUUUUUAUUAACUGGAUGCCAGCAAUACGUUAUUGAAAAGGUCACAUCACCUACCUCUUAUCUUGUGUGGGUUUGAUGUUCUGAAGCAAAAGCUAGAGUUCCUACAUGUUUUCCAUCUCACAAUGGUUUGAGGUCGAGGAAAGUAUUUCAUGUAAUGGCAGCUCAGCAAUCCAUAGCUCACUCCACAAAGUCUCAGCAUGUGGCAGGACAGUGGAUCUGCUGUUACGAGCUGCAUAAUCAUGUCAGGUCAGUUUUCUUUACUUUUUUGUGCUAAUUAUUUAACUUCCAAAUCUUUUAUGGGACUGCAGCAAUCUUGUCUUGUUCUGCAAAUCUUGCCAAAAAGGACUGGAAUCCACUGGAGUUUGGAUUGGUUUUCUGUGUGUCAGCAGUAGGUGUAUGAAUUGGUAUGAGUGCACUGUUCUAGCCUUAUCCCUCGUACUGUGCCAGGGGAAUGUUCAGAUCUUUUCUUUUUAAACUUGCGUUCAGCUGUAGCUUAUUUCACCAAACUGUAACUAAGUCACACUGUGACUACAAAUGGCAGCUUGUAUGAACCCUCAUCAGGGUUGGAUUUAUUCUGUAACAUCAUCUAUUCCACAUUACCAUCUUCCACAGGCCAACAUUUUAAAGGUGGAUUUACAACUUUUUUUUUUUGCCAAAUGUACACACUUUGGUGGGAGAAUCCUAUAUUACAAAAGGCUGCCUGACCUGUACAUGUCUUGAACUCUUGCAACAGCAACUGUCUAUAAAAAUGUAUGUCAUGUUU